AUGCUAAAUAGAGGAUUACGCCUCCAAGAUAUCGACAUCGUUUUCACUUUUCGCUCGUUUAUACAAGACUUGUACCAACAGUUGCAACAGGAAUACGAAACAAGAACAACAAAACUGCAUACAAUAAUAAGAUUGUACCGUGGACAAGUUAUAUCAGCUGAUGAAUUAGAGAUAAUGAAAGACAGUAUUGGCGGCUUGUUAUCAAUGAAUAGUUUUUUAUCGGCGAGUGGAAAGAAGUCGGCAGCACUAGCAUUCGCAAAAUCUAUUCAUCCAUCAGCGGGUUUUCACCCAGUUUUGUUUGAGUUGGAAGCUGAUCCAACACGAAAAACAAAACCAUUUGGACAUGUCAGAGACCAGAGCUAUUUUAAGGAAGAAGAUGAAUGGCUGUUCAUGCUUGGUUCUGUAUUUCGUAUUACUGGCAUUCACGAGGACUCAUAUGAAAAAGUCUGGAUAGUUCAGAUGAAAUUGUGCGAUGAGAAUGACUUUGAAUUAAAAGAAGUAUUUGGGUAUUAUAAAGCAAAACUUGGGAGAGAAACAACACUCGAUUCAGUGGGCAAUCUCCUCUAUGAAAUGGGCGAAGUUGAUAAAGCAGAAAAAUAUUAUCAUCGUGUAGUUAACGAGCUGCCACCGGACAGUGUUCUAGCUACACGUAGUUAUACCGGUUUAGGGCAUGUAGCCGAUGAUAAAGGAGAUUAUGCAGUGGCAUUUGAAUUUCACAAUCGAGUGCUCAGUAUACGGUUGAAAGUUUUAAGCCCAAAUCAUCCGUUACUGGGAUACAGUUAUGUCAAUAUUGCUGGAAUAUAUUAUAGCAUGAAAAAUUAUGAUCAAGCAUUGGAAAUGUAUAAUAAAGCUAGCGAAAUUUUUAACAGUUCACUUCCGGUGAAUCAUCAGAAUAUCGGGCAUAAUUAUAACAAUAUCAGCCUCGUUUAUGCAGCAAAAGAAGAUUAUGAAAUGGCAAUGAGAAAUCUGCAAAACGCCUUGAAAAUAUUGGAGAAAAGUCUACCCGCGAAACAUCCUGAUGUGAGUGGUCGAUUAUUUCCUAUAAAAACUUAA